CUCUUAUAUAACGAAAAAAAUUAUAUUAAAUGAAAAAAAAAUUACCAUUAACUUUUUUUCAAAUUUUUUGUAGUAUGUAGAAUCCUGCUAUAAACUUUACUAACAUUUUAUUUUAUUUUCUACUUGAGAGAGCAGAAUGAAAGCAUCGAAUGCACCGAAAACAUGAGCAUUAGAUAUACAUUUAUAUUUAUAGUUUAUACUCCAGGUAUAGAUAGUAAUAAUGGCUACAUUUACGGAAAAAGAUAAGCAGGAUGCAGUGUCAUAUGCCGCUGCCUUUAUAAAAUUAAAACAAUUGAAAUUAAUGUUCAAAAAAGUGCCACAUUUAACGUCACAUUUGCAUGUAGAUAUUCGUUCUGCCACCGAUUCUGAUUAUAGAAUAUCAAAAGCAUUGGAGACUCGGUCAAUGGUCGUGACAGCCAACAUAACCAAAGAUUUGUGUGAGGCAAUCUCUUGUACUCCGGAAAAGGAGAAGGGUAUUUGUACACCCAAUGACAAUGCAUCAUUCUAUAUUGUUGGCAAUGAUCAAUUUGACAUUCAAUGCCAGCCAGCAUGUUUCAAUACAAAAACAAGCCCUACAAUAUCUCCAGAAAAAAUGGGGGUUAAUACACCUCACCUGGUUUGGGCUCACAAUAAAUCAUGUCGCUACGUCAAUAGUUCAAUAAUAGCAAUGCUUGAGAAACCAUUUUAUCGUGGCAAAACUCAAUAUGAGAAACGUGUUAAUGAUAUUGGUUGGGGUUUCAAUCGUCGUUAUGAUCCAAAUGACUUUAUUGGGGCUGGAUACAAAUAUGAAUUUAACAGCAACUAUUGUGAUAUUUUCAAUAUGUCUUUCGAUGAAAAUACUCAUGAAUGUAAGUACACUUUCUUACAAACCGUUGCCAAUACUGUUAUUGGCCCAUCAUUGAUUGGCACCCUUAAAUCCGGCAUUACAGUGUUGAUCAAUGGUAGUGAAGACUUGGGUAUACCGGCCGAUCAUUAUAAUCGUAUUAUCGGCAACAAUACAAUGCCCGAAAAAUAUACACUUGAAGGUUGGAAAAAAAAUAUAAAUUCAGACUUUUCUCAUAAAAUUUUCGAUAAGCAGUCCACUCUCUCCAUCACUAACAUGUCCCUUAAAGAUUUUAAUCCAACUAAUUUACCUAGAAGACAGCAGGAAGAAGGCAUCUCAGAAGGUAUGAUAAAAGAAGGAAAAAUAAUGUUGGUUCAUUUCAAAGAGGUAAUUGUAAAUUAUUUAAAAUCGAUGUUUACUAUCGAAUAUUGGGAACAGGAAGCCAUCUCCCAAGGUGUGGAACUGGCAAUAACGAGCGCGAAAAAAUUAGCUAAGAGAGUGAUGACUAAAUGCACACCGGCUUUUUGCCAAAGAUUGUUACAAAUGAGUACCAAAGUGGGGCCAACAGUCGCCAAAACUGCUAUGAAGAGUGUUUUCAAACGUGUUGCCGUGCAAACGGUAGCAAGGGUUGCUUCACGAGCAGCAAUAGCUCUAGCUCGUGUUUUAGCCGGUGCAGCUAGUAUCAUUGGCAUACUGUUGUUUAUAGCCUCGAUAUUAGAUAUCAUAUUUCUAAUAUGGGAUCCUUACGGCUAUAACAAAAUGCUUCCACCUGAGUGGCCCCGGGAUAACUAUCGUGCUGGUGAAACUCAAUUUCGUCAAGAUGUGGGAAAGACUGUGGCAGAGUAUACUUUCGAGGAUUUUCUCAACCUCAUUCUCACCGAGGACGAAAAAUUUGACAUUGAUCUUGAGUCUUACCAACAUCAGAAUGAAUAUCUGAGUUCCCUGGAGAGGGGAGAAACAAUAUUUACAACAAAACUACAAGAAUCUUCAAUAUUUGGACUAGGCGAUUUUUUCCUGGGCUGGCGGGAUAUUCGUGAAAAAUCUAGAAAAUGAAAAAUUUGUCAGAUAACGAUGAUAAUGGCCGAAUAAUGGGAUUUCCGGGGAGAUCAUUCGAUUUUGUGGGAUUUCUCGGAGGAGUGAAAAAUAGGGCAUUUAAAACAAAAUUGAAAAAAGACAAAUAAAUUAGCCUGUGACAAUGAGCAAACAAUGUUAACUUA